CCUCUUCCCACCUCUCUAGGGUUUAUCCGAAGCGAUCUCGCUCCCCCAAGCCAUGGAGGAGGCCCCAAGGAAGAGGAAUCCUCCCCUGCGGAGGACGAAUCGACUCUCGUAUCGGAGCCGAAGAGGCAGCGGAUCUCCGGUCAGGACGAGGACGGCGGCGGCGGCGGCGGCGGCGGCGGCGGCGGAGGUGAAGGGGGAGAGGCGGAGAACGGGAACAGGGGGUCGCUUCUAGGGCUUGCGGGUUACAAGGGUGAUGAGGAUGAAGAAGAGGGAGAGGGAGAGGGAGAGGGAGAGGGAGAGGGAUUGCCCUUACCUAGACAAUGUUGAUCGCCAGGUCUUGAACUUUGAUUUUGAGAAAUUUUGCUCUAUCUCUCUGCCAAAUUUGAACGUAUAUGCAUGCUUAGUUUGUGGGAAGUACUACCAAGGAAGAGGUCUCAAGUCUCAUGCAUAUACACAUAGCCUUGAAGCAGGCCACCAUGUUUAUAUUAAUCUCGAGACCGAGAAAGUCUAUUGUCCUGCUGAUGGAUGCGAGAUAAAUGAUCCAUCAUUACAUGAUAUCCGACACGUUCUUAACCCAAGAUUCUCUAGAGAGCAAGUCCUACAUCUUGAUGAAAAUAGGCAAUGGUCAAGAGCACUUGACGGCUCCAAUUAUCUCCCUGGAAUGUUGUUCAACUCCAGGGACAGUUGAUUUGUAUUGAAACAA